UGUCGCAGCGCCACACGUGGCGCUGCCGGUUACUGCCGUACGAUACCGCUUUCCACAAGCCGAUUACCCGUCUUAUGGUAUAUAGAUAUGACCCUCAUACGGAUCUUCCACUUAGAGGAAUCAAGCCACUUUCUACUAUACAUGUCUUCCACUUGCUACCUCGCUUUGUGAUA